AUGAUUGCGCCUCCCGGAGGUGUCCCACCAGCCAUUCAACAAAACACCUUCAUGGGCCAAGUGUGCUUCAAGUGGCCGCUCAACUAUCCAUUUGUUUCUGCCAAUGAUGGUGGUCAGCAAAUCUUCCACUACCUCCCCAUUGCCAUUGCCAACGCUUUGAACAUCUCUGUUUCUGAUGUCAAGAACUACGGUUUGAAGCCCCUCAACACAAUGGAGUACUCUGGAUUCAUCACCACCGUGGCUAUGUUCACCAUUCCCGAGGAUCUCCAGACUAAGCUGGCACUUCAACUUCGCAACCCUGCUUCUGCUUUGUGGAACAAUGAGGACUCUACUGUCAACGAUUUGACCAACUUGAUCAACACCGCAUGCCCACUUGCCGCUGGUAACCUCCCCGCCGAUGGUCCCGCCGGUGGUUCUUCUGGCGAAGGCGAUGCUUCAUCUCCUAAUGGCGGAUCUAAUGGUGGCGGCGCAAUGGGAGGAGACAUUGGUGCCAGCCGCAAGGUCAACUCAACCAGUGCCAUUGUCGCUAGCAGCGCCAUUGUCGGAGCCAUUGCCUACGGUGCGGCCAUGUUCUUCGUUGCCCGCCGAUACAGGAACAAGCGCAUGGCCCACCAGCGGUCCAGCUCUGUGCCUAGCACCGGCCGCAACACCUUUGGCUCCAUCCCUGGCGGUGCGGCUGCUUGGAUGCACGGUGCACGCAACGGUCGUAUGACACCUGGCAGCCGAGGCAGCAGCGCCAGUCAAGGACGCAGCAUCAGGACACAGCAAAUCUCAGCGCCCGUCAUGGCUGAAAACUCUCUCGGCUGGAACUAA